AUGUCUGAUGACGAGGCGGAUCCAGAGCUUCUCGAGCUCCUGCGCCAAUCUUUGGGCCUGGGGCGCCCGCCAAAAGAUGCGCCUGCCGAUACUAAAGUACUUCAAAGCGCCCAAUAUAUUUUUGACAACGCUAUAGAUAUUGCGCUGGAUCCGUCAAAGACCAAAGAGGCAGCAGAAACAAUCUGGCAGAUGAUGCAGGAGAGACAUUACUCUACCAAGACGUGGGCAUCACACGAGCUUCAUCCAAAAGAAAAGGGCGAGAAAACCGUUCAUUUUAUCUUCACUAUGGACCUCCUAAAUUUCUGCUUCUGGUCUGAUGAGACUGAACGCUUUGCAAUUGAGUAUCGUGAAACUCGCUGGACGGGCUAUUGGAGCUUGGUUGCUGCUUUACAGCGAGCGCUAGAAGAAGGGAUCCCAAUCACGGACCCUGAAUUUUGGCAGAACGAAGAAACGUGCACCGACGAUGUAAUUAGGCAUGUGUUUCGGUCAGCGACUGCUGAAGAAAUUCCACUCCUAAAAGAGAGAAUAGAAUGUUUACGAGAAGCCGGACAGGUUCUUUGUGAUGAAUACGACGGCAGCUUUGUCAAUUGCAUCAAAAAAGCAAACAACUCGGCUGCCGGCCUCGUAAACAUUCUGGCUCGGGAUUUCCCUUGCUUUCGUGACGAAGCAACAUUUGAAGGGAAGACGGUGCGCUUUUACAAACGUGCUCAAAUUCUCGUCGCCGAUAUCUGGGCAUGUUUCAGAGGUAGAAAAUAUGGUAAAUUUGAUGACAUUGACAAGAUCACGAUGUUUGCGGACUAUCGUGUUCCACAAAUGCUUCACCAACUGGGCUGCCUGUUGUAUUCCCCGCCGCUGGAGAGUCACAUCCGUCAGCUUAAGCCGAUCCCAAGCGGCCACAAGUGGGAAUUAGAAAUGCGGGGUGCGAGUAUUUGGUGUGUGGAACUCAUCCGUCAAAUCAUCAUGAAAAACCAUGCGGCAGCCAAAGCUGGUGCUUAUGCUGAAGGAUCGUCGUCGUCAACAUCUGGAUCGCAGUCGGUUGAACCGUUAGAUGUGGAGCCGGAAGAGAAGAAUGAAACAAAUGAGGUACAGAAAGGUGAUGGUCAGUGCCCAGCUGAUGACGACGAUCCAGAAGAGAAGCCCAUGGGUAUCAAUGCCAUUUUAAUUGAUUUCUUACUAUAUGAUAGGAUGAAGGAGAUGGAGAAAGAUGGGAAAGAAGAGAUACCGCAUCAUCGAACAAGAAGCAUCUGGUAUUGA